AUGGAAUCGCUCCAAACGGUACCUCCACCUUCUCAUCUCUCACCCGCCGCACUCUCCUUCCUCGACCACAGAUUCCAAACCCAGUGCGCCCUUGCCGAUGCUCCCAACUUCGACUCCGAGCUCCAGACUCAGUGCGCCGAGUUGGAUCGGGAGCUCGACGAAUUAACUCGGAGGCUGGGAGUGGGUCUCGCCGCGUACGCCUCUUUCUCCGGUGAAAUCCACGGCCUCUUCGGCCACGUCACCGAUAGGCUGACUUCCCUCUCCUCCACUAUCGUGCCAGAUGGAGGAAGACGCGAAGGGGAUGGCAAGGGUUUCAGGGAGGAACUUGCGACUUUGGCGAAGGAAGUGGCUAGGUUGGAGACGGUUCGUGUCUAUGCAGAGACAGCACUGAAACUUGAUAGUUUGGUUGGUGAUAUUGAGGAUGGUGUAUCAUUUACCAUGAGCAAAAGCAUGAGGAAACAUUCUUCUAGUCAAAAUUCACAAGAAAUGCAUAUGCUUGCCAUUAAAACAAUGAAAACAACUGAAGACAUAUUAGCUUCAAUGACAAAAGAACAUCCGCAGUGGAAGCAUCUUGUAUCAGCUGUUGAUCACAGAGUGGACCGAGCUCUUGCUAUUUUGAGGCCCCAGGCAAUUGCUGAGCAUCGAGCACUUCUUACUUCACUUGGAUGGCCCCCACCGCUUUCGGCCUUUGCCUCCUCAAAUUCAGAUGCAAGGACUGCUAAUCAAGUCUUGAAUCCUCUGCUGAGCAUACGGGCAGAUCUUAAACUCAGGUACUCUAAAAACUUUAUUGCUUUGUGCAACCUACAAGAGUUGCAAAGGAAAAGGAAAGCUAGGCAACUUGCGGGCCAUGACAGGGAAGUUGCCCUACGACAACCACUUUGGGUAAUAGAAGAGCUUGUGAAUCCCUUAUCAUUAGCUUCCCAACGGCAUUUCUCAAAAUGGAUCGAUGAACCAGAAUUUAUUUUUAUUCUUGUAUAUAAAAUCACAAGGGAUUAUGUUGACUCUAUGGAUGAAUUGUUGCAGCCAUUGGUUGAUGAAGCCAAGUUAUUUGGUUAUAGUUGUAGAGAAGAAUGGAUCUCAGCAAUGGUAACCUCCUUAACCACCUACAUGGCGAAAGAAAUUUUCCCUAGUUAUAUUAGUCAACUAGAUGAAGAGAGUGUGACGGGGAUUCAGUCAUCUGCUAGAAUAUCAUGGCUACAUCUCAUUGACUUGAUGAUAGCUUUUGACAAAAGGAUUAAGUCUUUGGUAGAGAAUUCUGGGAUCUUGCUAUCCUUUGACGAUGAUGAUAUCAUGCAGAAAAUUUCAUCUCUAUCCAUAUUUUGUGAUCGUCCAGACUGGCUUGAUCUAUGGGCUGAAAAAGAGCUAGGUGAUGCCUUAGAUAAGUUGAAACCAGACAUCCAAAAUGAGAACAAUUGGAUAAAGAAAGUUGAAGGGGCCCUUCUUUCGUCCUGUACUGAUGAUCACAAGUCUCCUCUGAUUUCAAAUUUUUUUCUUCGCCAUCUGGCAUCUGUUAUUGAUCGUUGUCGAUCAUUGCCUAGUGUUAGUCUGAGGUCAAAAUUUCUCAGGUUAGCAGGUCUUCCGAUUAUAAGAAAUUUUUUUGACUCCAUACUUAUCCGCUGCCAAGAAGCUGAAGGUUUGACAGCCUUAACUGAUGAUGAUGCUGUAUUAAAGGUUUCAAUUUCUAUCAAUGCUGCUCAUUACUUCGAAUCUGUUCUAAAGGAAUGGUCUGAGGAUGGCUUCUUCCUUGAGAUGGGGAUGAACGAGGAUGAUGAAGUGGAAACCGAAAGUAAUGCUAAUAUUUAUGGUGGAGUGUUGCCAGAGAGUUCCAGAAGGGUUAUUUUUGAUGAUGAGAUCAAAAAGUUGGAAGAGUUCAGAUCAGAGUGGGUUGAAAAGAUAUCUCUAGUUAUUUUGAGAGGUUUUGAUGCUCAUUCUCGAGAUUAUGUGAAGAACAAGAAGCACUGGCAAAAGGGUGAAGAAGGAUGGACUGUGUCGAAGGAUCUAGUAGAAGCCCUGAAUUAUCUGCAAAGUAAAACUUCGGUGGUAGAAGUGGGUUUGAAUGGUAGGGAUUUCGUUGGGGUUUGGACAAGUUUGGCAGCAGGAAUUGAUCGGUUGAUUUUCAAUGGUAUUCUUGUGAGCCAUGUAAAAUUUCACAGGAGUGGGGUUGACAGAUUUGAUAGUGACAUGGAUGUUAUAUUUGGGGUAUUUGGGGCAUGGAGUUUGAGACCUGAAGGUUUUUUCCCUAAAACAAGUGAAGGUCAGAAGUUGUUGAAGUUGGAUGAAAAUAGAGUGCAAGAAUGCAAGACAGGGGGGAAGAAUUGGUUGAAAGAGAAUGGGUUCACAGAUUUGAGUGUAACAGAAGCCGAAAAGAUUUUGAAGAAUAGGGUGUUCACAAGUUGA